CUCUUGUCGGCUCCUUCCACCAUCCGGUUCUCCCCUGAUAUAAUACCUCCUAUAUACAGCGUCUAGGACAUACCCCCACCCCACCCACGCCUCUCCUUUCCUUUGCAGAGAGUCCAUCCCCCUGCAAUUGCACUUUCACGUGCGUCAUUCCUGCACGUGCGUCAUUCCUGCACGUGCGUCAUUCCCGCUGUCCGACAACAAACCCGCCCCUGGAGGAUCUCUGUUGCAGUCAGAACAUCGUGCCCUUCCACACACCGACCUAUUUCGCGCAAGCAUAUCCAUCGCCUCACACUGCCUAUUGUCUGUCUGUGCGGCGUCCACCCUGCCAGUUCCAGCGUGACAAAAGGUUCCCCUGAUCAAACGCACAAAAUGCUUAGCGGCGUAACUGGCGUGCCAGUCCACUCGGGUGGCGUGCACCCCGAGUACGCGUCCACAUCACACGAGGCGACGGACGAUGGCAAGCAGGACCUGACAAUGACGCUCAACGCCGUGCGCACUAGCAACGACUUCCCCGUCGCCGAAAGGAGGAAAGGCUCCGACGAUGACGGCGAGGCGCCGUGGGUUAGCCCGCUGACGCCAGAGCAGGAGCGCAAGGUUCAAUGGAAAGUCGACAUGGCGCUCAUCCCAUGGCUGUCUUUCUUGUAUCUGCUCAGCUUUUUGGAUAGAUCUGCGAUCGGCAAUGCUAAACUGUAUGGCCUGGAGAAAUCCAUUGGUCUCACCCCGACACAAUACAACAUCUGUCUUACUGUAUUCUUCAUUCCAUACGCGCUCUUCGAGAUCCCCUCCAACGUCCUUCUAAAGCGCCUCAAGCCCUCCAUCUGGUUCCCGAGCAUCACGAUUGCCGUCGGCAUCUGCAUGUUGUCGCAGGGUGUCGUCAAGAACUACGGCGGUCUUGUCGCAGCGCGUGUCAGCCUCGCUAUCGCCGAGGCCGGCCUCUUCCCUGGCGUCAACUUCCUCCUUUCGGGCUGGUACACCCGUAGUCAAUUCGGCAUCCGUGCCGCCAUCUUCUUCAGCGCUGCAUCUGUCGCAGGUGCGUUCGGCGGUCUGCUCAGCGUCGCGAUCGUCAAAAUGGACGGCGUCGGUGGAUACGAGGGCUGGCGCUGGAUCUUCAUCAUCAUCGGUCUCAUCACCUUUGUCGCCGGCGUCGCAUCGUUCAUCCUUGUCCCCGACUUCCCGGCAGACUCCAAGUUCUUGAAAGAAGACGAGCGCGCUUACCUCAUCGGCAGACUGCAGAACGACCAGCAGUACAGCGCUAAAGGCGAGCACUUCUCGUGGGUCAACGUCGCCAAGGGCUUUCUGGACUGGAAGAUGUGGGUUGGCGGCCUGGUCUACGCUGGUUGCGACGGCCCAUUGUACGCCUUCAGUCUCUUCACACCGACGAUCGUCAAAGCCACGUUCGUCGGGUCGAGCGGUACGAAAGCGAACCUGCUCAGCGUACCCAUUUACGUGCUCGCCUGCCUGCAAGUCCUCGCCGUCGGCUUCUUCACUGCGCGCUACGGCCAUCGCGCGCUGAUCAACAUCAUCAUGAUGUGCAUCGGCGCGGUGGGCUACAUCAUUCUGCUGGCGUCAAACAACAACGCGCUCAGUUAUUUUGCCAUCUACAUUGCUGCGACAGGCAUCUACUGCACCAUCCCCAAUACCAUCGCGCUGACCAGCGCUUCCAUCGAGGGCACGUUCAAAAAAUCCGUUGUCAUGGGAUACAUCAUCUCCUUCGGAAAUCUAAAUGGCGCAGUGACCUCGGGAGCCAUCUACAAGGCGAAGGAUGCCCCACACUAUCGCCUUGGUCACGGCAUCGUGCUUCUCUACAUCUGCAUCGGCAUCAUCUCCACCGGCGUCUACUGGUGGUGCGUAUCGCGCGAGAAUCGUCUGCGCGACGAGGGCGCGCGCAACGAGAAGAUUCUCUCCUCGAGCAUCGCGCGGGAGGAGCGACAAGAGCUCGCCGACAAGGCGCACGAGGAGCGCCUGCAUGCGAUCCGCGACGGCGACUCCAACGGCUUGGUCAAGCAGUUCCACCUGCUCCUCGCUCGGACGCAUAGCUUGCCCGGAGGGACGUACGCUUCGGUCGCAGAUGCCAAGGCAAAGAAGGGCGAUGACUGGUCCGGGCACCGGUACUCUACAUAGCGGGAACUUCGCAGCACAGGCGAAGGGUUUCCAGAAUUUGUUCUUACAUAAUAAACGGAAAGGAGAAAAUGUAAUCCAUGCACUGCUGAUGGCAAGAC